AUGGGAGAAUCAGAGUUCACAAUAGAGCUCCAUCACGGAGGAAAAUUUAUUGACAGGGGAGAUGGACUACAAUAUUUAGGUGGGUUGGUUGUGGAAGACUUGCAUUUUGAACUAGAUGAAUGGUCUUUGCAAGAGAUAGUGAGUUUGCUGAAGGGUCUAGGCUACAAGGCAGUGGAGGCGGAAACAAAAGACAGCUGGGGAUGGUUCCUUGAUCUGUUGCUGAAUGAUAUCGGUGAAUCAAGAAGAUGGGUAUUCAUGUCGGAUCAACAAAAGGGUUUGAUGCAAGUUUUUGGUGAGAUGGAACCUUUUAUUGAGCAUAGAUUAUGUUUAAGGCAUCUCUAUGCGAACUGUAAGAAGGUAUAUGGUGGAGGGACAGUUCUUAGGGAUCUAAUCCUAUCCAUUGCUAAGGCUACCUAUGUAGAAGAGUGGGAACGAAGAAUGAAUCUGCUGAAGGAGAAAAAUAGGGACUGUUAUGAUAAACUGAUGGGAGUGGACCCAAAGUUGUGGACAAAGAGCCAUUUCACCUUUAUGGCAAAGAGUGAUAUGCUAAUGAAUAACAUAUCAGAGGCUUUCAAUGGCAGGAUUCUUGAGGCUAGAGACAAGCCCAUUCUGACGAUGUUUGAGUGGAUCAGAUGCUACUGGAUGUCAAGAUUUGCAGAAAAGAAGAAGAAGGCUGAGAAGUAUGAAGGAUCCAUUCUGCCUAAACCAAAAAAGAGGUUGAAUCUAAUUGCAACAAGGAGUAUGGAAUGGCAAGCUAGAUGGGCAGGUGAGCUGAAGUUUGAGGUUCAUCACAAAAAUAGGAUUAUCAUGGAAAGGUUUGUGGUGGAUCUGUUAGCUGGUAGUUGCAGCUGUCGAUUUUGGGGUUUGAGUGGUAUGCCAUGCCCACAUGCAUGCAGUGCCAUCUUUGAAAAAGGUGACAAUCCUGAAGAGUAUUGCAGCAAUUACUAUAGUCCAGCAGCAUACCUUGCAACAUAUGGAAAAUCAAUUGCUCCAAUUAAUGGAGAGAACAUGUGGCCGAAGGUGAACUGUGAACACAUAGACCUCACAGAUGAUUGA